AUGGCUUCUUCUACUUCAUUCCUCUGUUUUCUCUCUCUUCUCUCCCUCCUCUUACCUUCCAUUUCUCCAUCUCCCACCAGCAUUACCAUCCCUCUCUCACAAUUCAACACAAACCCAUCUUCAGAUCUAUACCAAAACCUCACCCACCUAGCAUCAAUCUCCCUAGCCAGAGCUCACCACCUCAAAAAUCCCCAAAAAGCCCCCGUCUUCACCACUUCUGUCUCCUCUCAUAGCUAUGGAGGUUACUCCAUUUCUCUCAGCUUUGGUAGCCCACCUCAAACAAUACCAUUCAUCGUGGACACUGCUAGUAACUUCGUCUGGUUCCCAUGUACCACCCGCUAUAUCUGCAAGAACUGUUCAGUUUCUGAUUCCAAUCCGCCAAUAAUUCCAUCUUUCAUUCCUAAAUUAUCUUCAUCUGUGAAGAUUCUUGGUUGCUUAAACCCCAAAUGUGGUUGGAUUCACAAUAACACUGAUUCUCAGUCUCGAUGCCCAGAUUGUGAACCCAAUUCAAGAAACUGUACACAGAUUUGUCCUCCAUAUCUAAUCCUUUAUGGGUUGGGUUCCACCGGUGGAAUUGCUCUCGUCGAAACUCUAAAUUUUCCGGGAAGGAAAGUGCAAGAUUUUCUCGUCGGCUGCUCUCUGUUUUCCUCCCAUCAACCCGCCGGAAUUGCAGGCUUUGGCCGUGGACUCUCUUCGCUACCCACUCAACUAGGCGUCAAGAAAUUCUCUUACUGUCUUCUGUCUCAUAAAUUCGACGACACCAAAAAAAUCAGCUCGCUGGUUCUUGACAGUGAAUCGGAUUCCGGCAAGAAAACCAGAGAUUUAAGCUACACCCCACUGAUAAAAAACCCGGUGGUGCCUGGAAAACAUGCUUUUUCCGUUUACUACUACGUGGGUCUCCGACAAAUUACCGUCGGAGGACAUAAGGUGAAAAUCCCAUACAAAUAUUUAUCGCCAGACUCUGUCGGCAAUGGCGGGACUAUUAUCGACUCCGGCACUACUUUCACCUACCUAAGCUCCAAUGUGUUUGAGCUAGUAAUCAAGUCGUUCACUGGGCAAAUGAAGAACUAUAAAAGAGCUGAAGAUGUGGAGUUUCAGACGGGUUUACGUCCUUGUUUUAACUUCUCCAGCCAAAAUUCGGUGGCUUUUCCGGCAGUGAGGUUUCAUUUCAAGGGUGGUGCAGAAAUGGCGUUGCCAUUGGAGAAUUAUUUUUCGGUGGUUGGUGGAGUUGACGCGAUGUGUCUGACGGUGGUGACGGAUAAUGUGGUUGAAGGGGCUUCUGGUGGUGGUGGUGGGCCGGCGAUAAUUUUGGGGAAUUAUCAGAUGCAGAAUUUUUAUGUUGAGUAUGAUUUGAGGAAUGAGAGGUUGGGGUUCCGGCCACAAUCCUGCAAAUAG